UCAAAAAGACUUUUUUAUUUAUAUUUUAUUUUACAGUCUCUCCUAAAACCUUCCACAUACUGCCAUUGCUUCGAGACUCAUUUUUUCAUGAACUUCUUCUUCUUCUUCUCUGUUAUCUCCGCCAAUUCCAAACCAAACCCACGUUCAGAAAUUACAUUCUCUCUCUCUCUCUCGCUCUCUCUUUCCUAAAUGGCUGAAAACUCCGAGAUUGUGAGCAAAGAAGAAAACCCAAAAGCAGGUUCAAAUGGGUUCUCACUCAUCUUUCCCAAGUUCAAUCUUCAAUUCCCUUUCUUCAAGCCGAAACCAAAAGCUGGGUUUUCAGGUGAAGAAGAUGGAGAGAGAAAAGCAGUGGUGGAUGAUGAGCGAAAUCAGAGUGAAACUCAGAAACCGGACAUGGUAAAGUUUCCCAAAGCUCAACUUGUGGCUCCUCCCCCUGUGGCUGUUGAAUCUGAAGAGCAUGGAAAGACCUCGAACCCUGUUAUAUUAUGGCAGGUUUAUGCCCUUGGCGGGUUUCUUGUUUUGAGGUGGAUAUGGGCGAGAUGGAAUGAGAGGAAGGAGAGGAAGGACAAGAAGGAAGGAUCUUCUGAUGAAGAUCAAUCUGCAGAAUAGUUUUGUUGGUUUUCCUUAUUGAAAUACACAUAAUUACCAUUUCGGGAUCUUACUGAAAUAGUCUGCCUCUUUUUCUAAUUGCUUCAGGGUUCUGCUUAUGUCUAUUAUCUACAUGGCACUGGUGUAUGAUGAUUUUAGAGUCUGCCCUGUAAAUGAUAUAUGGUUAUUUUAACUUUUUAAGCUUGAUGUAUGUAAUUAGUUUAUAGUUUCAUGUUUCAGAAGA